UAACGUCAUUUUAGCAGUCGCCAUUUUGCGCUCAUUACUUUAAUGAUCGCAGAAACGAGCGAAGAAGAAUCGUGGCUGUACGUGCAUCAUAUUUAGGUUUAUGGUGACCGCUAUGGAAAGCGUAUCUUUCCAAGCUGUAAAGUCAAUUAGUUUUUCGAAUUUCUAUAGAGAAUUAUGAAGUACAGUUAUUCUUUAAAGUGGGUUUAGGAACACGUUAUGUUGACCAAUCGCUGUUCACUCUGACACACCCUUUAAAUGUUAGUUUUUUUGCCGAAUGCAAGUGAAACAGUCAACAAUUAAAGAUUGUUCGGUGACUAUAACAUUUUCGUUCGUUUUAUAUUGUUAAUAUAUAAUUUUAUAUAUCUGCCUUUACGUCGAUAAUUAAGAGUUAUCUGCCAACGAAGCUACCAUGACGGAACAGCAGAUGGACUGUGCUUUGGAUUUGAUGAGGAGGCUACCGCCUCAGCAGAUCGAGAAGAAUUUAAGUGAUCUUAUCGAUCUUGUUCCUUCGUUAUGCGAGGAUUUAUUAUCCUCGGUGGACCAGCCUCUCAAAAUAGCCAAGGAUAAAGAAUCUGGGAAAGAUUAUCUUUUAUGUGACUAUAAUCGCGACGGUGAUUCAUACAGGUCUCCAUGGAGUAAUACGUAUGAUCCACCGCUAGAAGAUGGUUCUAUGCCUUCGGAGAGGCUAAGGAAAUUAGAAAUAGAUGCGAAUCAUGCUUUUGACCAGUAUCGUGAGCUUUAUUUCGAGGGUGGCGUCUCGUCCGUAUAUCUAUGGGACCUAGACCAUGGCUUUGCUGGAGUAAUUUUAAUUAAGAAAGCUGGUGAUGGUUCAAAGAAAAUCAAGGGUUGCUGGGAUUCGAUACAUGUCGUUGAGGUCCAAGAGAAGUCAACAGGCAGGACCGCGCAUUACAAACUCACUUCAACAGCAAUGUUAUGGCUGCAAACGAACAAGCAUGGUUCCGGAACCAUGAAUCUUGGUGGCAGUCUAACUAGACAGGUCGAACAGGAUGCAGCCAUAAGUGAAACAUCUCCACACAUUGCGAAUAUAGGUCGCAUGGUGGAGGACAUGGAGAAUAAAAUUCGCAAUACCCUGAACGAGAUUUACUUCGGUAAAACGAAAGAUAUCGUCAACGGUCUUAGAUCGGUUCAAUCCCUGGCGGAUCAGAGGCAGCAGGCGGCACUUCGACAAGACUUAGCCGCAGCGCUGCAAAGGCGAAACGCGAACAAUUGAUCUCACGAUACGCAGGAGAGCUUCAAUUACGAUUGUGAUUAGGAAAAGGAAAGACGCCGACGACAAAAACAAAAGCAAAAAGAUAAUGAAACAGAAUAAAGAGCAAUGAACACAAGUAAAACUAAAAGAAAAAGGGUAGCCAAGUCAUGAAAACGACAUUGUAUUGCCGAGCACUUUGUUAUUACCUAGAUGAGGAUUAUAGCGAGGAAAGAAAGAGUUAAGCAAAUGAGAAGCAAGAUAGUAACCUCCUUCUUUUUGGAAGUCGGUUAAAGAUACAGAGAAUUCACAACAACGGAUUUACUAAGAAGAAAUCUGUGUCUACUGGGUUUCUUUGAUGUCACAUCCUUAAUUGAUAGCUUCUGUUUCUUGCACAGAUUCUCAUGCAAAAACAGAAUCAAAAAGAAUUACUAAACACGACCCCAUAAACUCGCCUCAUACUGCAUUCAAUACUAUAGCCAAACGGUAGAUAGUUGGAUGUAUAUCUAGAAAUAAAUCACAAUUCGUUACCAAGUCGUCCCGCGAUUCUAGUUACGCUGUUUAUGUUACACGAAGAAAAAAAAGAAAAGAAGAAAAAACGGAAAAAGAAUUCGCGUGACUAGUGGAAAAAUAACUUCGUUAUCAGCUUCCUGUCAAAGGCGUAUUGAAUUCACAUUAGGAUUCUCAUAUCCGUCGAGAAUAGUCUCCCUGAAGAAGCCUCGGCGUCUCGAGAGCAUUUUGAAGCGAUAUAAUUUGUUAAAGAUUUUAAAGGGUUGUUUAUUGCUUAUGACCGCGAGAGGUUUUUUGCAUUUUCUCUUGGCCUCUUCCUCUUCUCGUUCUAUUUCCCAGACGCUUCUACUAACGCGUGGGUCCUACUACUAUCCGUACAAGACAUUUCGUAUUGCCAGUUCCUUAAGGGUUUUUCAUUCUUUAUGUUUUUUCUCUUCGUUCUUUCAUGGUCGAAAUUCCUCCAACAUGCAGUAAACGGUUAUCGAUAACUGUCUGGCUGAUUAUGAAUUUUUGUCGUCGAGAGACUUUCAAGCUGAAUAUUUUCAUGAAUUUCACUUAAAGAGAUUUAUAGUAGCCGUAGUAGCGACAUGCACGCGGACAAGUCUGAAUACAGAAGAUAAAACUCGGAAGAGCAUCCCUCAAAAAAAGAAGAUAAAGAAAACGUAUGGAUUUCGAGGAUUACGUUUGUAUGAGAAAAAGAAAAGAAAAUUUUCUUCGAAAGUACCUCGACGAAUCCAAAUGACUUUUAUAACGUUUCAAGUUUUAUUACUAUAUAAAUAUCACGGUAUACUAAUAACACGCAAUCAUUAAUUGUUAUAAAAAACUUUAUUAUUAAAAAUGAAAGGAAGUAGCAUAA